UGCGGUGUUAUGGGCAGCAACAUGUCUUUCAUUAGUGACAUCGAACAUGCUGCCGGUGUUUGUAAACGACAUGAACAAUCUUCCACUGUCAGAGAGCACACCAGUGGGGACUAAGGUCUACAGGCUAGAAGGACAAGACCCUGAAGGAUUCCCUAUAAAAUACGGACUGAAAUACACUGACAAGUUUACAGUGAAUCCUGAAACUGGUGACGUCACAUUAGCAAGACCAUUAGACAGAGAGGUGGAAGAUACGAUAAAGUUUGAAGUCUCUAUAGAAGAACAGAAUCCUAAUUCUGAUCAGAAUCUAGUCCAAACACAGCCUGUGACAGUUAUCGUCCUUGAUGAAAAUGACAACCCACCCGUUUUUAAAAAUAGUCCAUACGAAGCAGACGUGCCCGAAGACGAGAAAAUAGGUACGACAAUACUCAAAAACAUCGAAGUUGAAGACAGAGAUUCCGUUGGAGACAAUCUUGAAGUUGGAUGUGUGCCAAAUGAUCAGUGGCCAGAAGCAUGUGAUAUAUUUGAGGUGGUGAGUCUUCAUGCAACGGCCAACCAGUACAAAGGUGCUCUGGUCUUGAAGAAACCUUUGGAUUAUAAUGAUAAACAAUUUUAUCAGUUUCAGUUAUAUGCUAAUGAUGGUAGUCUAAACUCCACGGCCCAUGUGGAGGUGAAGGUGGUGGACGUGCAGAACUCUCCACCAGUGUUCAGUGGAGCCCUCAGCGCAGCUCUAUCUGAGGAUGCCCCGGUUGGGACACUAGCUCUGUCUGUAAAAGCAAGAGAUGCAGACAGAGCGCAACCAAGAGAUGUUGUCCUGGAGUUGGUUACCAAUCCAUUGGAUUUCUUCGUGCUUGACAGAAACACUGGAGAACUUAAAACUGCAAAACCUUUGGAUAGAGAAGCUUUAGCUGAUCCAUCUUCACCUUUAAACCUUACUGUUAGAGCAACAGAAAUAGUGAACGGAGCACCUCUAUACUCGGACCUCACAUCUACCACUGCUACCAUCACAGUGACCAUCAAGGACGUCAACGACGAACCUCCGAGGUUCAACAAGAGGGAAUACAGCGUGGAGAUCCCUGAGAGUCUACCGCUUGGUACCCCAUUACCUAACCUUGACAUGGUUGUCACUGACACUGAUGUGGGUCUAAACUCAGUCUUCGGCCUCCGUCUGUCAGAUGAACUGGGAGCAUUUGUGGUGGAACCAUCAACGGCUACAGGAAGCGCCUCCGUGACCUUAAGACUUAAUACUACUUUGGAUUACGAGGAUCCAAAUCAGAGGAAAUUUAUUCUGGAGGUCAUAGCCGAAGAACUGCACACGUCACCCCGCUUAUCAUCCAAGGCUAGUGUAACCAUCUCCCUGACGGAUGUGAACGACAACGCGCCGCAGUUCGCUGAUGAACCGUACACUGCUACUGUUGCGGAGAACGCACCGGCCGGAGCCUUCGUCACGGUUGUCAAGGCUACCGAUAGAGAUACUGGCAGGUUUGGUACGGAAGGCAUCGUGUACCAAUUAUCAGGCAAUGGAGCGGAACUUUUCAACGUGGACAAGAGGACCGGAGUAAUUACUGUGGCUGCUUGUCCCACUCCCGGACAACAACCGUGUCUGGACUACGAGACUCGGAAAGACUAUUUCCUGCAGUUGAAGGCAACCGACGCCGAUGGAGCCGGCCAAAGCUCAGUAGUAUCCCUGCAGAUAUCAUUGACAGAUUCCAAUGACAACCCGCCUGUGUUCGUCACGCCAGUCUACAAGGCUUCCAUUGAUGAGGAUGCUAUCAAAUUUGAACCGGAACUUCAGGUCCAAGCUCGCGACGUCGACGCCUCAUCAGAGAUACGCUACUCCAUCAUCGAACCAGCAACCCACCCGUUCUGGAUCGACUCGCUAACCGGCAGGAUUGCCGUGCUCCCCGAGGCUGGAGGGGUGAACUCAACUGAUAACAACAAAAUAUUGUUGACUGUAUUGGCAACUGAUGGUGUUCACAACGCGACUAGCAAAGUAGAGAUUUCAGUUCGAGAUGUAAAUAAUCACGCCCCUGUUUUUGAUGUUGAGAAAUAUGAUGCUGAUAUUUCUGAAGAUGCUCCGAUUGGAACGCAAGUAGCAGCAGUACGAGCGACAGACAUGGACAGUGGAGUCAACGCGGAGAUCAAGUACGGCAUACAGAAGGGCGCAUACGAAGCAUUUAGCAUCGACAACGUCACUGGAGUAGUCACUGUGGCUUCACAACUUGAUUACGACAAGAAGAACACCUAUAGGAUACAAAUUAUUGCCACUGAUUUAGGAAUGCCAAGCCUAACCGGCACAACAGAGCUGACAGUCCACGUGAUAAACGUGAACGACAAACGUCCAUACUUCACGCCCACCAUACAGCGAGCCGAAGUAUCAGCUGAUGCGGACCUUGGCACGUUGGUGCAUAACCUGGUGGCUGUAGACCCGGAUAUAACGGAUAGUACCCAGCUAGUGUUCGAUAUAUCCGGAGAGAAAAUGAUCCGGGCUGUUGAUAAGAAUGGGAAGGAGGUAUCAGACGAAGGCAUAUUUGGCACUUGGUUCAUGGUCCUCGGCAAUGGUUCGGUGGUGGUCUCUCAGAAGCUGGACCGCGGGAGAGCCGCUGUGAUCACACUGCCUGUCAGUGUCAUUGACGCGUCAGCGCCGAUCUUGCAGCAAGCUGAUGGCGAAUUAAUUAUCAACAUAGUAGACGUGAACCGCCACGCUCCUGUGUUCUCCCAACCCUCAUACUACGAGCAACUGGUAGAGGAGCAACCAGUCGGUACUAUACUCAAUACCUACACCGCAACUGACAAGGAGACGCCUAUAUCUGCUAUCGUCAUUCACCCGCCUAACCCUUACUUCCAAAUAGAUAAUGUUACAGGCGUUGUAAAAUCCACUCAACGUAUUGACUACGAGAAAAUUCACUCCAUCAACUUUACUCUAGUGGCCUUUGAUUCUGGGGUACCACAGCUAUCUUCAUCGGCAUCUGUUGUUGUUGAAGUGGUGAAUGCUAAUGACGAGGAACCAGCUUUUGCUGCAACGGCGUAUGAUGCCACAGUUGCUGAACAUGCCACUGGUGGAACUAAGGUGGUGACUGUUACUGCUGUUGAUAAGGAUGAAGGAAAAUACGGUGAAGUCCGUUACAGCCUAUCCGGCGAGCUAUCUUCACUAUUCACUGUAGACCCCAUCACCGGCGUCGUCACGGUAGCCGACGGUGCAAAUAUUGACAGAGAGAAUACUUCUGACAUCUGGCUACGAGCUGUCGCUAGUGAUGAUGCUCCCGCGCAUAUCAGGAAGUCUACUAGUGUUCCUAUCCACAUUAAAGUCCUUGACAUAAACGACAAUGCGCCGAUCUUUACGCAAAACGUGUACAAGAGUACGAUAGCUGAGAACCUUCAACUGAACCCUCCAGCCACCAUACUGCAAGUCCUGGCUGAAGAUAAGGAUGAAGGGAUCAACGGGAAAGUGGAGUACAAAAUCGUGGAGCAGAGUGAACCUGGAGUAUUCACAGUAGACCCAACGAAUGGCAUCAUCUACCCAGCAAAAAACGUGUCAGGCAACACCACAUACCACCUUACAGUCACAGCAACUGACGAGGCAGGCCAAGGACCUCACACCGACACGGCUAGAGUAGACAUCAGUGUCAUGAGUGUCAACAGACACCGGCCCGUAUUCGUAGACCCUUCUGCUGAUGUUAGGCAGUUGGAGAUUCCUGAGAACGCAGCACAAACAGACUACUUAAUAACGACAAUAAAGGCGACAGACGAAGAUACUGGCGAUAAUGGCCGAGUUUCCUACUACUUGAAAGUGGACAACCAGAAUGUUGGAGAAACCGCAGAAUUCAACAUCGAUAAAGAUACUGGAGAGCUGAGAACGAAGACCUUUCUCGAUAGAGAGCAUAAGGCUGAUUAUCAGCUGGUAAUAGCAGCAGUGGACAACGGCAAUCCUCCCCAUGAAAACCUGCUGGUUCUAUCUGUGGUGCUGUCAGAUGAGGAUGACAACGCUCCUCAUUUCCAGCAGAGUCGACAUACGUUUAAUGUUAGAGAGAACUUGGCUCCAGGAGUUAUUGUUGGAUCAGUUAAAGCCAUAGACAAAGAUUCUGGCGACAAUGGAUUGGUGUACUAUCACAUCCUGGAAGGAAACCAAGAAGGCGCGUUCACUUUGGGCAAGAAGUCUGGUGUUAUCAAGACCAAUGUCAGCUUUGACAGAGAAAAGCAAUCGGAGUACUCUUUCACUAUAUAUGCCAGCAACAACCCCAUACUAACCAAUGGGGCAGCCCUGCUCAACACCAUAGACAACCGGACGGACAACCAGAAUGACGUCACCAUCGUCACCGUCAAGAUUCUCGAUGAGAACGAUAAUGAACCCAAGUUCCAACAACAGGUGUAUUAUGCUGGUAUAAAAUACACAGCCCGUGUCAACGAGCCAGUACUAUCAGUAGUGGCUGAGGACCCCGAUCUAGAGGAGAACGGAACUCUAGUGUACAUGGUGGCAGCUUCUAAUUUGUAUAAGUUUGGGGCCUCCAAGUCCAGUGGCAGCGUCGUGCCUUCGCCGUUUAAUAUCAGCCAGGAUGGUGUGUUAACGACAGCAAGUUACAUGUCAGAGUACAACCAAGACCGUUUCAUCCUGGACAUCAUUGCUCAAGAGAUCGCUCCUCCACACAGACAAGCCAAAACUCAAGUUUAUAUUUGGAUAAUAGACCGAUCUUCCCUCAUCCGUAUGGUGGUGUCCCGGAGUUGCAUGGCACCUGUCCCGGUGUUGGAGAAGUUAGCCAAUGCAGGACAAGCUCUGCUAGUCCCGGGCAGACGACUUCCGCAUGUGCAGGCUGAUAGAAGAUAUGAUGAUUGGUGUGAAAUCCACCUCCACGCGGUAGACCCGACCACAUACCAAGUUCUACCAGUGGAGAAAGUUCUAGAAACAAUUGACUCCAAGUAUGACGAACUCAAAGACGUCUAUCAAGAGUUUGGAGUAGAAACUCUGAUAGCUGCUAGCGCUACUUCUAAAGCACCUGAUGCCUUCGAUCCAGCACUCGCUGCAUUAAUAGCGCUGUUGAUCGUUCUUUUUACUGGAAUUGUAACGUUUAUCGUCGUCUGCGCAUGUUUGAAGCAUUGGGUGAUACCACCGCCAUCAAUGCAGUCUAGUAAAGGAGACAGCCUGGCCCGACGCAGGAUCCUCGAAGAGUUGAGUACGACUGAAAACCCUCUCUGGCUGGAGACCAAGCUCCGGCCUUAUGAGGAACAGGAGCUCACCAUGAACGUGUUUGGUGACCAGAACGAUGCAAGUGCUGAACAGCCUCAGACUGACAACACAUAUGCAACAAUACAAGGCAGUAGAACGACGGAGAGGUUUGGGGACUACGCCACGCUUGGUGGUGACUCCCCCACGCCUUUAGAAGCUGCUCUAGGAUUCCAGGGCAGCACAUUCAAGCCCCCAUCGCCUGAUACUCCCGAACCGCCUCCUCGACCUUCAGCGGGAUUAGGACAACUGUGAUGAUCCUUCAUCUGUUUACAAAUAUUAGUGUAAGUUAGUUUUAAUAUUACUGUAAAUAAAGUAUCUAGGUAUAUUAGGCAUAAUUAAUUAUGAUGCAUGUUGACGAUGUAUUAUGUUAUUGUAUUUUAACAACAUUCCAAUUUGGACUGUGUGAAUACUUUAGGAUUGAUUUUUUAAAGUCAUUGUGGUCCGAUCGAACCCCGUACAGGACUUGCACCAAUGAGUUAUCUUAAAUGCUAAUACUAACACAGUUGACUCGACAAUCAUAGUAUUCGUUACGAUGUCACUAACAUCCUGUUUAUUUAUUAUUUUAAGUUUACGCUGUUAUUAUCAUAAUGAAAAUACAUAAUAACGGGUUCUUACCGCAUUGAAAUAUCGAGAGUCUCAUAUCCCUACUUUAAAAGCGGUAAGAACCCGUUAUUAUGUGUUUUAACCCUGUAUAAUUAAUUAAAUCACUUCAAAAUUCACACAGUUCCAAAUCACAAGACUGUAUUUAUCUAAUAUUAAAUUUUGUUACCACUUCACCGAAUACAAAUAAUUCAUCGACAACGUCCAUUCUUUUUUAAAUGUAAUCAUUAUUAUAACUCACGCAUUGUUUCCUAUAGAUAUGAGAUUUUUUACUUAAUACCUAUUUAUUUCAAUUUGAAUCUCAAAUUAUCUUAGCCAUUUACUGAAAUUAAAUUUCAAUAAUAUAAUGUGAAUAUUUCUUAAAAAAAGAUUUUAUAAUUAUUUAUUGUUUUGUAAUAAAAGCUUUUACCACUUUAUUGCCAUAAUUUAAAU